CAAGUCACGAUCGACGUUCCAACUCUUUUAAUAGCAUUUCGUAAAGAAAUUAAAUUUAAAAAUUUCAGAAUUUUUCUUCUCGCUUCUACGAUUACAUUUUUUUAUCGCUCCAAGUUUUUUCCCGCUCUUCAAUAUUUUUUCAUGUACUAUAUUUGAUGUAAUCGAAGAAUUAUUACAAUGUUUCUACAGAAAGCUUUGCUUCUCGCGAUACUUGUUUCUGUGAAAUGUGACCUUCGGCUUAAGCUAUUACACGUGAUUUUCCGCCAUGGUGACAAAAUACCACAUCGAGAGUAUCAAAAUUAUCCUAAUGAUCCUCAUCGGAAUCAUUCUUAUUAUCCAAUUGACAAUGGCGGAUUGACGAACGAAGGAAUGAUGAGAGAAUAUGAGAUCGGUACGAUGUUGCGAGAGAGAUAUGAUGAAUAUUUUGGAGCAGUUUAUCGUCCAUCAAUGGUUUACGCGAGGUCAACGGAACUACCAAGAACACAGAUGUCUCUUCAGUUAGUAUUAGCAGGGCUUUUCCCCCCUUCACAUACUCAAAUGUGGAAUUACCGGCUACCUUGGGUACCAACUUCAACCUUCUUCCUCCCCGUUGAACAGGACUAUCUUCUAUUUCCGCACCGCUGUCCACGGUACAUCGAGGAAUACCGAAAUCACUUGAAGGACAGCAACGUUCAAGAAAUUAUUAAUAAAUACAAAAGGACAAUGGAGUAUUUAACCUAUCACACUGGCAAGCGCAUUGAGACUACCUCCGCGGUCUAUUAUCUCUACAAUUUGUUCAAAGAGGAGGCUGCGCAGAACUUAACGUUGCCAGAGUGGAGCCAUGUAGUAUACCCAUAUCCUAUGAAGGAGAUAUUAGCACUGGAUUUUUAUCUUCGAUCAUCCACAAAGUCUCUUAAACGUCUAAAUGGAGGCAUGUUGUUACGAAAAAUCACUGAAGACAUCGUGGAUCUUGGUAACGACGCGUUGAAACCCAGAGAAAGAAAAGCGUUUUUUUUUUCCGCGCAUGAAGUCAACGUCGCAGCCCUUGCAAGGGCGUUAGGAACGGACGAUCCUAUUAUUCCUGCUUACGGAUCUACGAUUAUUUUCGAAACACUCCAGGACAACGCAAAUCGAUACUACGUGAAAGUGAUGCUUUGGACCGGAGUCACGAGGAAGCUGAUUGUGCAAAAGAUACCAGGAUGCACCGAAGUGUGCGCGUUUGAAGAAUUUCUCGAGAUAACGAAAGACAUCAUUCCGAACGAUAAAGAGUACGGAUGUUCAGAUAGCGAGGAGCAACGAGCCAUAUUUUCAUCGUCUGAUUCUAUAAAUUUUAGUUACUUUUACAGAUACUGGCAGUUGAAUUUUGCAUUUACAAUAGCACUUGUAAUCGAUAGUUUGAAUUUGUAUUACCUUCAUCAUUUGGAAUGGGAAAGCGAUUAAUAUAAUAAGUAUAUUCAUCAUCUGCUACAGUGAGCUCCAAUAACAACGCGAUGCAACGUCAUCAAAGAGUGCUCAAAUCGAGUUUUUUUUUUGCAAAAAUUCAGUUUGAUCCGUAUUUUUGUUUAUAUGCGUCAACUUGAAGUUUUGAAUUUUUUUAAAUUAAUGAUGUUCCCUGAACCAUAACUAUAUCCGUUGGUUGGUAUAUAGGAGGAAACCCAACGACGUGGCCGGAGAAAUCCAAUAUCGCUAUUGAGAAUUGAAUUCAAUGUAGUAAAAAGCUCAACGAGACUAAUUUUUGUCGAGUCAUAAUGUGUACAAAAGAAUUGUCCAGUUGUUGAUACCUUUAUGGCGAUUCUCGUUGAGCUAUAGUCUCUCAUGAUUACAAAUUUAUAAUUCAAUCCUGUAUUUCCUCAUGUAUUCUCAUUUACAUAGACAGAGUAUGUCUUUGGCUCGAUGCGGUUCGACUAUGACGACCGCGCACGACAAUUUUUAAAACAAACGAACGCAUAUUAUUACUGCACGCGUAUAUGCGUAUGUUUGACAUUUUAUAUAAUUGUAUUUGACGUUAUACCAACAUUGAAAUACUUCAUGAGUGUGGAUGAUGCAGGUAGUGGAAGAUUGGAAAAAAAUGUUCGAGUAAUAUGAUUUUUUGUCGACGCGCCAUCAGGAUCAACGCUUUCAUCGAAAUUCAUAAUUGUAGACUCAUGAUUCAGAACGCAUUCGACUCGCUAAUAAAGUAUGACACGUGCGUAAAUAUCUACUAUGAAAAUUUCGAAUUUUUAUAUUAUUCAGCGGAUCAUUCGGUAUAUAGUAUAUAGCCGCGCUGCUGGUUAUGCGUUAUUUGUUAAGUUGAUAUGAAAACCAUGCGAGUUGCUGUUUGUAUAGUUUCAUUACUAAACCAUCAUAUGUCUAAAGCAAUCGCCUCAAUCGUCCGGUUAUGGCAUAUCUUAUGUUCUUUAUAAUCGAGUCACGUUUGUUAGUUGUUGAAUUAAUGUUCGCAGCAGAGAUCUCUGCUGCGUAAGAUGGUGAGUGCAUGGAUUACAACAUUAUUUCUAAAAUAUUCCAAGCUUGUUCCGCAUGUAUACCCAUGACGAUGCGCACGAUGGUGAAUUAUAGGUGCGAUCACGAUAAAAAAAAAGCAUCAAUUCUUUUGAAUUUCGUUUUCCAGUUAUUUAUUUUCGCACGAGUUCAAUACAUUUUUCCAUUCCGCACAUCUGGUAGCGAUCUUUAAUUUUGUUUUUUUUUCCUCGACAUUCCUUUACGAUCUAUCUCAAAUAACCGCUGUUUAUUAGACAUAUACACUUCUGAACAUUGUAUGCGAUCAAUGGCGCAUAUCGGAGCAAUCAAUAAAACAAUGUAAACAUA